GAUAAAUAAUGAAGAUUGUGAAGUAAUUCUCAAUCCUGUUCGAUGUUCAACAUCUGUUGUGGGUUUUGGUGAUAUGAGAUAUCGAAAAAAAGAAUUUAAAAUGCCUGAUUCACCAUCAAUACUAUCAGAUGAUGAUCUGCUAAUAUAUGACACAAAAGAGAAUGGUGUAAAAAGCAUCUCAAAAUUCAUUACAGGGAUAUCUACUAAUGAUAUAUUUAACCUCCUUGGACUUAUCGUCGUUUCUCUCUUUGUAAGAUUGCAUCGCCUGGACCAUCCAAGUUCGGCUGUAUUUGAUGAGAUGCAUUUUGAGACUCUCGCUUCGCAAUAUAUUAAAAGAGACUUUUUUAUUGAUACACAUCCGCCAUUGGCAAAGUUGCUUAUCACUCUUGCCGCUUUCUUAGGCGGAUACGAUGGAAUCCUUGAUUCUGUGAAUAAAAAUGACUUUGCCGGAUCUAAAUUUCCAUAUGUGAUGAUGCGUUUGAUACCAGGAAUAUUGGGAGUUCUAGUAAUACCAAUUUCUUAUUUGACAAUUAAAUUAUCUGGAUUUUCGACAACUGCUGCAUUUCUGGUCUCUGCUUUAUUGAUAUUUGAGAAUGGCUUGGUAACUCAAAGUAGACUUGUUUUAUUGGAUUCGCCGUUGAUAGCUUCUACUGCAUUUACAACAUUGAUGUGGAUAAAAUUUCAUAACGAACAAAAAAGACCAUUUAAAUUUUGGUGGUGGUUUUGGUUGACAAUGAGUGGAGUAGGUCUUGGCCUUACAAUCAG